AUGGCUGAAACUUUGAUCGUGCUUUUUUCUGGAAUCUUGAGCAAGAUACCUCCGAUAUCUGACGAUCGGAGACUGGGAUUACACAAAGAACUUGAAAAAAUGGCAACUAUGCUACUUAAGUUGCAAGCUGUUCUCUUUGAUCUUCAAAGCAGCGAUGGAUAUCACAGCAGACAAACUGAGCUUUGGCUGAAAAUGCUCCAACAGAUACUAUCCGACGCUGAGACCUUGUUGGACGAGAUUGCAUAUGAAGUUCUUCGCCGAAAGCUUGGGAUCAGAAAUUGGGGCGACAAGGUAAGCGGCUUUGUUGCUUCCAUUUCUGCACCUGUUUUUUUCUCGAUAAUUGAAUAUCUUCGCCAACAGAGUGAGAUCCACGAUUCGGAUAAUAAGGUGCUCAGCUUCUUUCCCUUGUCAUAUCGUGGAAAGAUGGCUCGUAAGAUAAAAACUAUUAUAUUAUCUUUAGAGGUUGCAUAUGAAGAAUUCUCAGGUAUCCGGGCUACUAGAGUGGAUUUGAUGAGCAGGCCUACUCAGCUGGAAGAAACACGCUCCAUGGUUUCCUUUCUGGGUGACCAAACAAUUGUAGGUAGGGAGCAUGAUAUCUCUGUGCUGACACGCAUGUUGACGGACUACUCUGUAGGCGACUUAGAGGUCAUUAGUAUAGUGGGAAUGGGUGGUGUUGGUAAGACGACCCUUGCUCGGCUAGUGUACGAUGAUCCCUGGGUAGCUUCUUGCUUUGACAAGAGAAUGUGGGUACACGUAUCUGAUAAAUUUGAAGUGAACAGAAUCUUGAAUGACAUACUGCAGUGUCUAGGGGAAGCCCGCGUUGAGACCACUAGUAUAGAGUCAAUAGUGUGGAGGCUUCGAGAAAUCAUUCACAGGAUGCAAUGUUUCCUUGUGCUCGAUGAUGUCUGGAACGAGAGUGAAGAAAAACUGUAUGAAUUGAAGAAUUGUUUGCUAUAUGCGUCUGGUGAAAGGAUCAAGAUACUGAUAACUACACGCAGUCAUAGAGUUGCUGCAAUUAUGCGAACAUCUCAUGUUUGUCCCUACGUGCUACAGCCUCUCCCAGAGGACCUCAGCUGGGAGUUGUUUGAGAAAAUAGCAUUUAGACCUGGGAGUGCAGGAAAGUAUCCAGAAUGGGUAGACAUUGGUCGAAGGAUAGUGAACAAGUGUUGGGGUCUUCCAUUAGCUAUAACAAAAAUAGCCGGUUGGAUGUAUCCCCAGAAAGAUCAAUCUGAGUGGUCCAGGAUUGAAGAAAGUGAAAUUUGGAAUUUUCGAUCUGCAGGUCAUCCGUAUGGGAAUGGUAAUUGGUAUAAAAAUCGAGUCCUUUCUGUAUUGCUGCUCAGUUAUGAUAAUUUACCAUCGCCAUGGUUGAAAAAAUGUUUUGCAUGCUGUUCCAUUUUUCCCAAGGACACCCUCAUAGAAAAGGAGAAGCUGAAACAAAUUUGGAUAGCACUAGGACUCGUUAGUUCUCCUAACGAAAAAAAUUUGACAUUGGAGGACAUUGGCAGCAGCUAUAUCAAUAUAUUGCUACAGAGUUCUCUGUUGCAAGAUACUCGAGAGGAUGACUAUGAUAAUAUCACACAUUGUGGGAUGCACAAUAUUGUGCAUGACCUUUCGUUAUAUGUGUCACAUAAUUUUUCCUCUGUUGUCGAUGGGCUCGAAAGUAAUUCUACAGCGGACACGAGUAUAAAUGAUGAUGCUAAGGCUGUACAUUUGUCAUUUAAUAAUUCAGCUACAUGGAAGAUGUGCAAGAUUCCUGAUCGACGUCUCAACAAUUUGCGAACAUUUUGUGUUGUAGGGGGCUGUGUAGACCUUGAAGAUGUCUUCACAAACUUCACAGGUCUUCGGGUCUUGAUAGUUGAAGACCAGGCUGUCAAGAACUUACCGAAGACUGUUGAUAGAUUGAAACAUCUAAGGUAUCUUGACAUCUCAAGAACCAGAAUCAGAUUUCUGCCGCAGUCCUUUACAAAGCUCUACAAUUUGCAGACAUUAAGGGUCUUUGAUCUGGUAAUGCUUCCAGAGGGGUUCGGCAAACUCAUUAACUUGAGGCACUUUUACAUUCAGCAAUAUCGUCGUAGUCCUCUGCAGAAUCUUUUGCUUCCAAGGAUAGGGCAUUUGCCUAAUCUUCAAACAUUGCCUUUCUUUUCUGUGAGCCAAGAAAAGGGAUGUCAAAUUGAAGAGUUGGAAUACUUGGACAAUCUUGGAGGUAAAUUAACAAUCUAUGGCCUUGAAAACGUGAACAGCUAUGAAUCUGCUUUGAAGGCAAAUUUGUCAAGGAAGUUUCGAGUCCAAAGUUUGGAACUCUACUGGGAAGGUCCAAACGAGAAUAGCAAUGAUAAAGAUGUGCUCGAGGGUCUCAAACCUCCUAGCAAUUUGAGAAGUCUAAAGAUUGUUGGUUUCCAAGGGUCAAGAUUCCCUCAGUGGAUGGUUGGACAAAAUCUACUGUCAUUGCAUAAUCUAGUGCAGCUUCAAUUGGAGCAUUUGGAUGAGCUUGAAGAACUCCCUCCAACCAAGAGGUUCCCUAAUCUAGAGAAACUGCGUCUGCAUUGGCUUCCAAAGUUGGAAAGUGUACCAGAGGAUACGAGCAAUCUUACCUGUCUUCGGAGAUUGGAAAUUUCUUGUUGCCAUAGUUUGACAAGUUUACCAAAUCUGAAUAGCCUUACAACUCUUCAGGCACUGGAGAUGAUCGGAUGCCCUAAUUUGACCCAUCUAUGGGAGGAUUCCACAUGGCAAGAGGGCAUUCUAUCUCUUGAGAAUCUAUGCAUAAGCAAUUGCCCCAAUCUUGAAGCUAUUCCAGCCAUUCAGAAACUCCAAUCCCUGCGUAAACUGCAAAUUGAAAGUUGCGAGUCGUUGAAUUUAUCGUUAACAAAUGUUGGGAAAUUUCGAUCCCUCGAGUUCCUAGACAUUUAUUCCGACCCUGCCGCAUGGCCACAGGACAUCUCUGAAUUGAUAAGCCUCACGACCUUGCAUCUUGGUGGCUUCUCCGAGAACAUUGAUUAUUUUCCUUGGCCCGACACCUUCUCGGGGUCUGUUGAUGGAAUAAAAGAACAUUGUGCCUCUUUAAGGUCCCUUCAAUUGUACGGGUGGCCAAUGAUCAAAUCUCUGCCUGAGCAAAUGCAGUACCUCUCCAGGUUGACUAAUUUAACAAUAAUCAGGUUUGAUGGGUUGGAGGCUCUUCCAGAAUGGCUGGGGAAAUUACAAUCUCUCCAAACGUUGGAGCUUUUUGCAUGCAAGAACCUGAAGUACUUACCUUCAACAGCGAUGGAAUGUCUUGCAGAUUUACACACUUUGAGAAUCAAUAGAUGUCCCCUUUUGAAGGAGAGAUGCACCAGAGGAACUGGCGAAGAGUGGCCCAAGAUAGCCCAUAUUCCUAAUAUUUAUCUCUAGACUUCUUCAUAACCAACCAUGAUAAGGAGGGCUACGUUUGCUUUCAAAGAGAUUGAGGUAAAGGAGCUGAAUUAGUCCUGAGCUUUGAAUCAUAACAAGAGGUAAUAAGGUUAUUACAUAGACCAGGAAUUCCUGAAGCUUUUGUUGGAUUGGCACUGCAACUCCCUGGGAUUCUCAGCAAGUAGACUACUUCUACUGCCUUGGACUGGCUUUCUUGUAGUUUUGCCUGUAAAAGUCCUUCAUCUCUAAAUUAAAUUGUGGAACAAGAUUUGUCCAGAGUCCAGAGUUUAGAUGAGCAUGGUUUUUUUUUCACUAGUAAGGUGUUGAUCUAUUCAGUUUUCAAUCUUUGGACUCAGGAAACGUAGAUUGCUGAUUCUUUGCAUCUGUUACUUUAUUCAGAACCAGAAUAGUCACAUCUUUUGCCAGAGAAUAUUGUAGAUGGCAAAUGCCAAGAUUCUUCUUAGAUGGAGAAGAACAGAGGGUUGAAUGUGCUCAGAAGAAGCUUACAGGAAAAGUCCAGGGAAGAAGUACAACGUAUCUGGCAUGAACAGCUGACAUUUCUCUUGAAACGAAUUCAACUCCCUUCUGUUGAGUCUCUCAUUCUCUCUCUCAGACAGCGCCAGUAUAUUCAGUGUAAAUAUGGUUAUUCAAUUCAA